GACGUCAGAGGUUCUCUCCUCUGUCCCCAACAUUCCAGUUCCACAGGAAGGCGAGCCCCCACCAGGGCGCCACGGGCACAGGACACAGGCAGCGGGCAGCGUGUCCUGGGAAGACGGCACGGGAGUGCAGGAAGGCCAGUGGCCUGGCAGAGAGAACCGCACCAUCUCGACUCUGGGGAGACGGGGACAGUAAGGGUGCUGAUGACUCCAGCGAUCCCACGAGGAAAAGCGGGCGGGGAGUCCGGCUGGGGCGCCCCGCGGCCGCACCGGCCCGCUCGUUGGAAAUGGAAGGGCAGCUUUCGGACCUCCGGGAAGGAAGUGUGCCUCUCAGGUCGCUUGAUGUACCCUGGCUCCCAGAAUGGUCUCCGAGAGCCCCUCUGCUGCGAGUGCCACGUCCGCUUCGGGGGCCGCCUGCCUGUGCCCCGGGCCGAGGCGGCCCUGCCUUACUGGGUGCCGUCGUCACUGAGACCCCGAGGACAGAGCCAAAAGAUGGUGCGGUUUCAUAUCCCCAAAACCUCAGAGUCGUGCCCCUGCCUGUGCCACUGCUUUAGGGGCCGCCUCCCGGUGCCUAGGAGUCAGGCGAUGAUGCCCUACUGGGUGCCCCAGGUCCUGAGGUCUCCGAAGAAGGCGGUGAAGAGGCAGCGGAGCUUUAGAGGCCUCCAAGAGCGCCCCCUGGACUCCCGUGCGCGCUACAACUGCUGGCGGAUCUGCUGCGACAGGCGCCUCCUGCUCAAGUGGCUGCAGCUCCAGGCCGUUGACCAGGAUGAGCCGCCAGCCCCGGGCAGGACGGCCAGCUCCCUGGACUCCCUGCUGACCCUCCUCCAGACCGUCCUGAGGGCCAUCGGGGCCAUUCGAACCUCGCCCAUGGCCGCGCCUGCUGUGGAGGAGGCCAGCAAGUUCAGUGAGGCCACCUCUCUUCCUAGCAGACAGCGGGUCCUGGCCGUGGGCCAGGGGAAGAAAUGGGCGGUGUCCACCGUGUGCUCUGGCAGCCUUGACACAGCCCGCUGUGACCACUUCAUCGUGCCUGUUUUAAAAGGGGGAAACUGA